AGCGGGAAGGGGGAAGCGCAGAGGCUGUCUGACUGGAAUGAGGGUAGCUGCGGCGACUGCGGCGGCGGGAGCGGGGCCGGCCAUGGCGGUGUGGACGCGGGCCACCAAAGCGGGGCUGGUGGAGCUGCUCCUGAGAGAGCGCUGGGUUCGAGUGGUAGCAGAGCUGAGCGGGGAGAGCCUGACCCUGACGGGCGACGCCGCGGCGGCUGAACCCGAGCCCUCCCUGGGGCCGGCGGCGGCCGCCUUUAACGGCCUCCCGAACGGCGGCGGCGCCGGCGACUCGCUGCCGGGGAGCCCGAGCCGAGGCCUGGGGCCCCCGAGUCCUCCCGCGCCGCUGCGGGGCUCCACGGGUGAGGCGGGCGCGUCGCCGCCGGUGCGCCGGGUGCGGGUGAUAAAGCAGGAGGCGGGCGGCCUGGGCAUCAGCAUCAAGGGCGGCCGCGAAAACCGGAUGCCGAUCCUCAUCUCCAAGAUCUUCCCGGGGCUGGCGGCCGACCAGAGCCGGGCGCUGCUGCUGGGCGACGCCAUCCUGUCGGUGAACGGCACGGACCUGCGCCAGGCCACCCACGACCAGGCCGUGCAGGCGCUGAAGCGCGCGGGCAAGGAAGUGCUGCUGGAGGUCAAGUUUAUCCGAGAAGUGACACCAUAUAUCAAGAAGCCAUCCCUAGUAUCAGAUCUGCCAUGGGAAGGUGCAGCUCCCCAGUCACCAAGCUUUAGUGGCAGUGAGGACUCUGGUUCUCCAAAACACCAGAACAGCACCAAAGACAGAAAAGUCAUCCCCCUCAAAAUGUGCUUUGCUGCUAGAAACCUAAGCAUGCCAGAUCUGGAAAACAGAUUGAUAGAGCUACAUUCUCCUGAUAGCAGAAACACAUUGAUCCUCCGCUGCAAGGAUACAGCCACAGCACACUCCUGGUUCGUAGCUAUCCACACCAACAUAAUGGCUCUCCUCCCACAGGUACUGGCUGAACUCAAUGCCAUGCUUGGUGCAACCAGUACAGCGGGAGGCAGCAAGGAAGUCAAGCACAUUGCCUGGCUGGCAGAACAGGCAAAACUAGAUGGUGGAAGACAACAGUGGAGACCUGUCCUCAUGGCUGUGACAGAGAAAGACUUGCUGCUUUAUGACUGCAUGCCAUGGACAAGAGACGCCUGGGCAUCACCGUGUCACAGCUACCCUCUGGUUGCCACAAGGUUGGUUCAUUCUGGCUCUGGAUGUCGCUCGCCCUCCCUUGGAUCUGACCUCACAUUUGCUACACGGACAGGCUCUCGGCAGGGCAUUGAGAUGCAUCUUUUCCGGGUGGAGACGCAUCGGGACCUGUCAACCUGGACCAGGAUACUAGUGCAGGGUUGCCAUGCUGCUGCUGAGCUGAUCAAGGAAGUCUCUCUAGGCUGCACAUUAAAUGGCCAAGAGGUGAAAUUCACGGUGCAUUAUGAGAAUGGGUUCACCAUCUGCAGGGAGAACGGAGGCGCUGGUGCCGUGCUGUUCCGCUACCCCUUUGAAAGGCUGAAAAUGUCUGCUGAUGACGGCAUCAGAAAUCUCUAUCUGGAUUUUGGUGGUCCUGAGGGAGAACUGACCAUGGACCUGCAUUCUUGUCCAAAGCCAAUUGUAUUUGUGUUGCACACAUUCUUGUCAGCAAAAGUCACUCGCAUGGGACUGCUUGUCUGAGCAGCAAGACGUCAGAAAAGAAGCUUGACUGUCACCAAAAGUAUUUUCACCUCAAAAAAAAAAGAGAAGAAGAAAGAAGAAAAAAAAGCACAAAAGAAAGCUCUUUGCUCUCUCUCCUCUAGUACAGUGCCUUCCCAAGGACCUGCAAAUCACUGCUGAACCGUAACUGGGUUUAAAGAAUAGGCUACAUUGGCCAGAAAUUCUAGGAUUUUAUUAAGCUCCAAAAUGAAGCUGUUGACUUAUUGUCUCAUUUCAUAAUGUGGUUUAUAAGUAAUCAGGUUUAUUUCCCCAGUUAAAAAUGGUGGCUUUUUGCUUUUUGUUUGUUUGCUGCAGGGCUUUUUUUGGAUAUAGUCAAAUAGCCAUCCAAGAGCUGUUUCCUUUCUCUUAUUCCUGCAGGGCUUGUUUCAGGCUUGGCCUUGACUUCUUUCUUCGGUGAAUUUCCCUUCCCAGGUGCUAGUGUGCAGCGGCCUGCUGCUUCAUGCUCAUCUCAGAUAGGCUGAUGCUUCAUUAGCUUUUACCGUCCUCACCUGCUCCCCUAAUCCUGUGACACUCUUGAGUUGCAUCACCAAAGGGUUCUUGCGCCGCCUGUCCUGGCUCAUGCUCCAUCAGGUCUGCCCUUCACCACUUUGCCCAUCGUCAGCUUUAUUGAGCAUAAGUGCUAACUUUAGGAUUCAGAAACUGCAGAAUUUGAUUUGCCUUGCUACUCCUUUUCUGGCAGUGACCAGGUUGAAAUGCAGUUUGGAAAUAACUGCACUGGAAGGAAAGUUUUACUUGUUUUAACCUUUUCUGAUUUUAUCUUUGGUAGGAGCCAGGGUAUAAGAUUUAUUUUAAAAGAAAAUCCUCAUUUUAAGCUAAGCCAUCUUUUAUUGCUUACCAAAUGUGCCUUUUGUUAGGAUUAGUGGAGCCCAAUCAGUCACUAUUUGAAUAACUGGGUAUCACUACCAUUCCAGGGAUAUCAUCUUUCCUAGUUUCAAGACGUAGUCUUCAAAGUGGGUUUCUUUAAUGGCAUCUUCUAGUGGCCAGAUCCUUUUGAGAAAGAUAAACCUCAAGCGCCAGCCUGUUUUAAGAGUAGACUUUUUGGGUGAAUCCAACUCUUAAAGCACAAUACCAUAUCAAGUUGUUUGGGCUGUGUGAGUCCACAUAGGACCUGGCCUAGCCUUCGUCCUCUUUUAGCAGCAGAGUAGGCUGGACAUGCAGCUGCCAGCUCAAGACAUCGCUUUGGCUUCAUGAGGAAUCCUGCAGUGAGCUCACGGCAUGAUUACCUUUGUUUGGUAACCCUUGCCAGGUGUCAGUACUAGGUUACAACAGCAGUAAGAAUGCUGAUUUUUAUGAUCUUGGAGGAUUCAUUUUGUUUUCCUAAUUUAAAAGAGGUAUCUAUCUUUGACGACAUUUAAAAUAAUAUUAUUAUAAUAUCUGUAUAACAUGCCCAAAUUAGCGUGGUCCCUAGAUCUAAAAGAAAAGGAAAUACUGACUUUGAUGUUGUGUGUGCUAUCUAAAGAAUGGUACAGAAGUAAUUCUUUUCUAGGCUAUCAGGAGCUCCACGGGAAAGUGGGAGCACAGCAUCGGGUGGAGGCAGGUGGCCUUACAGAUGCAUGGGGACCACAGCUGCACACACAAACCCUGAGCUUCGUGGCUGGGGUGUGCACCCACUGCCAGGGGGUCUGAAGGAGCAGGCACCUGAACACACAUGUAACCCCGGUUCUCCCUCUGCCCAUCCACUAGGCCUUCUUCCCUGUGAAGUGAGACUAAAGGGGUGUGGAGGUGGGGCAGAGAUGCCUGUCCUUCCUCCCGCUUCACAUAAGUAAAAAUGAGUAAACUAAGCCACUUAAAACUGGAAAUAUAAAUCUAGACAAGAAUAUCUGCAGGAGCUUUUCGUGUUUUAAAAAUUAGUAAACCCAGCUGGGCAUAGUGGAGCACACCUGUAUCCCAGCUGCUCAGGGGCCAGCCUGGGCAACUUCACAAAACCCAUCUCAGAAAAAAUUAAACAUGAAAAUUCAGAAACCUGAUGUCGGUUCCACCUGAGAUAUGUUUGCAGUUUGAGAGGAAAAAGUGUUUUGAUUUCUGGAAGCAAAAUUUCAACAAAUAAUAAGAGAAUUUGGCCAUUUAUUAUUAAGAUGAGGUGCUGAGUGAUACAUUCACGAAUUUGAGCAGCACUGACAGUCACUGACGUUUUCUAUGUUAAAGGCAAAGCCAGUGAGAUCUACAUUCGACCUUCAGGGCCACCCUGCUCAUUAAGAACACCAUGAAAGUCUGUAAGAGGGUGUGAUUAACAUGGGCAGGAAGGGCAAGGCAUGUGUACAUUUCAACUCAUUAUGUUCAAGUUUAAUUGUCAUGUAGCGCUGAGGCCCACAGAGUUGGUAAUGGUAUCUUAGAGUCUGACGUGAAACAAAAGCAUAGUGGAAAGAUUUUGUCCACCAGGAGCUCCACACCAAGAGCCCUGAGCUGGUUGUCUUACCUACUUUAACAGCCUUCCGUCAUGAGGAGUCCAGGUGGUUCUUCAAUCAAGCAUGUUGAAAGAAUUUGCAAAUCAAAUUAAGUGCUUCUUUGAGUGAGACAACUUAAUAUGUAUGUGUUUUGUAUUUCGAUACCAAAAUAUGGCUGUUUUCAAGUAAUGACUCAAAUGUACAUUUUGAUGUUUCACCUUUUUUAUAGAACCAGCUAAAUUAUCAUUUCCUUUCGCUUGGAGUUAGAAAAAUUGUUGGGGAUAUGAUGGGCUCCCCUGUCGAGAAUGGAAAGAAACUGCCCCAUAAUCCAUCAUCCCCACCCCACAUUCAGAUGGACUGUUCCCUGCCCUCCAGGACUUGGGUUUAGGCAUCUUCUCUGCAUUCCACGCAGAUGUCUAAAAGUAGUCAGUGUGUAUGUGAACAGUCUUCUUCUUUCCCUAAAACUUCCCUCCUUUCUUCCCAUAAAAAGGAAAGGAAGGGGCUAAACGAAAUAAUUCCAUUUUUCUCUUUUUGAAAAAGGUAAGGCCUUACCUGAAGUCUUUAAACAAAACUUAUCUGGAAAUUAGUAUCUAAUAUUUUAUGUGAAGAAAUACUUAAAUGUAUGUUUAUACAGUAUUUAUUAGUUUUAACUGUAGACCUACCUAACUAGGCCGGGCAUGGUGGUGCAUGCCUGUAAUCCCAGCACUUGGGAGGCUGAGGCAAGAGGAUCACUAUGAGUUCAAGAUCAGUUUGAACUACAUAGCGAGACCCUGUCUCAAAAAAACAAAAAAAGAGAGAGAGAGAAGAAACCUAGCUACUUAGUAGACAGGGUUCCAGGUAAAAUAUUGUGACACAUACAGGCAAUCAAAAAUGUUAUUUUAGAUACCAUUCUUCUGUUUUAAAGCCAUGUUUUAGCACUUUUUACACCGGGGAAAGUCUUACAGUGCCUGUUUUUUAAUCACCUGAACUCUCACAAACUUUGUCACUUAAAAUUUUUGCAUAGCAGGAGUGAUUGAAUUAUUUUUAAGCUGAAAAAUCUGACCAACAAAUGUUAUAUAUAACAGAUGGCUAAUGUUCAUUAAAUGUUUAUAAACAUUAGCCAUUUGUUAUACUGAGUACUUGUUUUCCUAAUUUAUCUUUUAAGUAGAAUGGCAACAAAGCUUUUUUAGCUGAUUAAAUGUGCUUAGCUGAUGAACCAAAAUUUAUUCUUUAAAAAAAUUAAACUGGAAUCUGAACAAGAUUGUAUUUCUCCCCAAAAAAGGCUUAGCUGUAAAUGGUUUUAUAGACAAAAGUGUGUGAAAAAUGAUUUUUUAAAAAUUUUUGUGAGAAAGUAAAGGACUUCUACUUUAAUUUAUAUGCAUGUGGAUGUAUUUGCUUUCAAAACUAUGGAAGAAUGUGUCCAUGUUUUUAAUGCAAAUUGCCUUCUAAGCUGCUAUGCAAAUUUAUUUAAAAAAAAAAAAAAAAAACCCUACCUGCUUAAAGAGUUAAACUUUUUGAAAACUUUCAGGGAAGACCUGUAGACUCGAGCACUUUCUCUGCUUUUUGUAUCUUUAUCUUGGAUACUUGCAUUGAAUUAUGUUCAUUAUUUUCACUGGUUAUAAGCUAUUGAUUGUAUGUAGUACUUAAACUCUCCAAAUAUCCAGCAUACAUUUCCAUGUGGCUGCCAUCAGCUGUGGAUGCCAUGAACGAAAUGGCUGGUUAGAAAGCCAAAGGUCUUUUUUCAAUCCUUAAUGCAGAUGUAAAAUGCUAAAUCUCUUAGGUUUCAAAGCAAAUCUUAAUAACUGUGUAGUGAAAAGAGGCUUAUUUAAAUUUGAGAUUCUGCAGUGAGUCAUAUUCAUUCUCCUUACCUAUCUAUCAGCUAUAAUAUAUGUGCCGGUGGGAUUAUGUUCUACUUUAAAUUGGGAAAUCUUUCACUGAAUGUGGCUUUUCUUUUUCCAGCUGAAGAUAAAAGGAGAAAAUCUAUCCUUUCCCACUCUGUAUCUUUUAAUUGCUUAAUAAUCUAGAAUUAUUUUGUCUUUCUACCAAAAAGUCAAUAGCAGCAGUCUGCACUCCCCUCAUUUUAAGCUCUGACUUUCACUAUGUUGAGUACAAUGAAUGUGUGAUAGUAGUUUUAAAAUCAUUAUGCUAUAUUUCAGGAUUACGUGUUUGUGAGCAAUGUAGCUAUUUGUAGGCUGUAACGAUGUUAGAUCAAGUUUAUUUUACUCUAGUAAUACUGGUUAAGUGGCUGAUCUGAACCCCUUUCUCUUAAAAAAAAAAAAACUAAAUGUGUGGUAGAUCAGUGAUACAGGUUUGUUCUGAUAAAGGAGGAAAUUUCAAGUUAAAGGUAAGGUACAAAGGUGUCAGGGACCUGGGUUCAAGGACAAGGUACACUAAAUAGUCACAGAACACAUCUGUUUUCUUGUUUCUUUUUGACACUGGUUAAACUGCCAGCUAGAAGGAAGGUUGUUACACAUUAACUCAAAAGAGUAUUUUAAGAGAUGUUUGUCUCUUUGUUUGUUUGUUUUGGUGCUAGGGAUUGAACCCAGUACCUCCUGCAUGUUAAGCAUGUUUUACUACCGAGCUACACUCCCAGCUUUUCAUUUACUUCAAAACAUAAACAAGUUUAAUCUCUUGCCACUUUUACUCUUCCUUUCCACUGGGAGUGACUGAACCAAAGCACAUCUUAGUUUUAGAAGUAAAUCUAUGUUUAAUGUAAUGGAUAAAUGUCUUGACCAGUUGAUUGUAUUCAGCAAACUGCAAUCUUUGAAUUGGCCCAUUUAAAUUAGAGCAGAUAAAACUAAAAACCUGUAAUACAGAAAUGAUACAUCAUUACAUUGUAGGACUAGGAAUCCUGGUUGGAUUUCCACACCCUGAACCCUUUAUUUUCUUCCCGUAUCAGGGAUCGAACUCAUGACCACACGCUUGCAAGGCAGGCGCUUAUGCUGCUGAGCAAAACCCCCAGCCCCAUCUUUUUUGUCUUUUUAAAACAGGGUCUCACUCGGCAGUUCAGGCUGGCCUUGAGCUCCCUUUUGGCACAGGCUGGUCUGGAACUCAGUGAUCCUCCUGCCUCAGCCUUCUGAGUGCUGGGAUUAUAGACAUGAGCCACCAGUACUCAGCAUGAACCCUCUAUUCUCCUCAGUUUGUAGUAGUCUCACUUCCAUGCUGUUGAUACAGCUCUUACAUUUUUGAGUCCCUCUUUAUCCCAGUCACAAACACGCCCUCAACCCUGACUGUUCUGGCACUUCUCCCAAAGUGACAUAAAUCUCUUGUAACUAUACAGAAAGUUCUUUGAGGAUUUGGAGAAACUUUUAAACUACAAAGCUGGUUAAUGACGUUAAUUCAUUUAUUUGUUCAUCUAUUUAGCAUUUAUUAAUGUAUAUUUCUGUACCAGACAGUCAACGAUCCAAAGAUAUUUCCUGCCAUCAAGUACCACACAAUCUACUAUUCCUCAAUUUCACCAUGCCAUCUCUCUCCAUCAGCAGUUAGGUAAAUUAACCACUUCAUAUUUUUACCAAAGUAUAUCCACAGUUCUACUUAUCUGCAUAUGGUGAACUGGAAAUUGUUUUGAAAGGAUACUUGGACCUUGACCCAUGCCAAUAAGAAGAGAUCCAACCAUAUUUGAGUAGGUUGGUCUUUUUUUUUUUUUUUUUUUUUUAGUUGUUGUUAUUAUUUUGGGGGGUUUUUUUGUUUGCUUUUGAGACAGGGUUUCACUGUGUAGUUCAGGCUGGUCUGGACUCACCAUGUAGCCUAGGCUUCCCUCUAAUUUACAGCAAUCUUCCUGCCUCAGCUUCCCAAGUGCUGCAAUUACAGGCAUGUGCCACCACCCAGCCAAGUAGGUUGGUCUUUUCAUUAUGUGUAAUCUCAAAAUGAAAAAUCAAGCAGUAGUUUGGGAAAGAACACUGUACAUAAGGUAAAUCAUAACAGAAAUUAACUUCUGUUGCUGAAAGAUCAGUGGGAAAGGUGCUUUUAAAAUUCCUUUUAAUUCUAACUGCAAAGAUAAAUGUGUAUUUCCUCAUUCCUUCUUUCUAAAUUUUGCUAACCCACUCAUUUCCACACAAACCAUUUAAGGGGCUGGGGAUUUAGCUCAGUGGCAUAAGCGCCUGCCUUGCAAGUGAGUGGUCAUGAGUUCAAUCCCUGGUACCAAUAAAAAAAGAAAAAGAAAAAAAAAUACUGAGACACAAACCAUUUAAGCAUCUCAUUUGCUGAAAGUAUUUGUUAAGGGGCUGGGAAUUUAGCUCAGCGGCAUAAGCACCUGCCUUGCAAGCAGGCGGUCGUGAGUUUGAUCCCUGGUACCAAUAAAAAGGAAAAAGACAAAAAAAAAAAAAAGCAUUUGUCCAUGGUGGAGUGUGUCUCCACUCAUGAUCAAUCAAAUUGAAGAUAUUUAAAACUCAGCAAAACUCUCCACUUACCCUAGAAUGCUUGGCAUUCGAAAGGGCAUCUGAAGAGGCUGACCGCAUUCCACGAUCUUCACCCAAUAACAUUCCCCUCCUAGUACCCUGCCCUCUGUGGGUGGCCAGGGUCAGCUUUCCAGGCAGCAUCCCCAGUCCCGGCCAAAAAGCACCUGAGCUGUGUGUGUGACGUGGCUCCUCUGCCUCUGCUUUCUGGUGUCCAGGGUAGUGCACAAAAAUGCGGUCACUUUCCACAUGUUGGCACUUUCACCUGUCCUUCAACAGCCAGGUGCUAAUGAUUGUAUUUUAUCACAGCCAACACCCCAGUAUUGGCCUGUAGGUGUCUGUCCUUUGUAGGAUGAAAAAGUGUCUUCCUUCUGUCUCUAUCUUGUGACAGUGGAUGUCAUUUGUCUCUUUUCACUGGUUUUGUGAAACAGAAUUUGGGGGAGAGAAAAUCUGUACAAAGUUUACGGUUUUCACAAUCACCAGUCUCCACGAUGAUCUCACUGGUAGCAAACCUGUCCUGACUACAAGAGCUGGUUCUGAUGUUCUCCUCGCUGCAAGACACCAGUGUUAGGGUUAUUAUAAACUUAUUAGAUGGUUUCAGCGUUAGAAAAACAUGGUUUUCUGGUCGUUGCGAGUUCGGGACCAGCCUAGGCUACAAAACGAGUUCAAGGCCAGCCUGAACUGCAUAGGGAGACCCUGUCUCAAAAAAACAAACAAAAAAAAAUGUUCCCAAAGAAUCUGUUUCCCUGUUAGUACCUCACCUGAGGUCUUGUCGAAGCUAAUGUGGGAAACCUUUAUAGAUUGGAAACCUGUUUUGGCUAAUCUUUGCAGACUCUGGUAUUAUCUACUUGUAUUACUCUUUCCAACACUACUUUCAUUUUUUUGUUGUUGAGUAUAAAGACUUAGAAAGUUAUAAUAAUAAUCUUAUAAUUAAAUAUAUGAUACUCUUUUUUUUCUUUUUAGAAUCCACUACCUAAACAAGACUUCCUUUUAAGUGUUGUUUAAAUCUUAAAUCUUUUGGCUACCAAAUCAAAAACUCAUGGCAUAAAAAGGGCAGUAUUUAUGUUCUUAAUUCUUUUUAAAAAAGCUUUAUGUGUAAUCUAUAAAUAUAGAUAUAUAGACAAUACUUUCCCUUGAGUUGCACAUCAACAUAUGGCAUUGUACAUUACAAUGAAAGUUUGUAACUUAAGGGUAUUAUAUAUAUAAAUACAUAUAUACCUUUGUAACCUUUAUACUGUAAAUAAAAUAUUGCUUUUAGA